CCGCACACGGCAGCGUUUUCAAAAACAAAAAGUUGAACAGUGCGGAGUGGUUUCAUUUUAAAACUCCCCAAAUCCAAUUAAGUGCUAAUCGAUCAACGGAAUCUCCACCAUGGAUUUGGACGAAUGUUAUGACCACGUGCUAACCCUGGUCGCUAGUGCAGGCAGCCUGAUCGCAGCAAGGAAUUCCGAGCGCAAACGGGUGGUCGAAAAGUCCAGCAACAUCGAUCUGCUUACCGAAACCGACCAGCAGGUAGAGCGGCUGCUGAUGCAGGGCAUUAGCGACAAAUACCCGGACCACAGAUUCAUCGGAGAGGAAGAAACGAGCGAGGGCAAGAAGGCCGAACUGACCGAUGCACCGACCUGGAUUAUCGAUCCGGUCGACGGAACGAUGAACUUUGUGCACAGCUUCCCACAUUCCUGCAUCUCGAUUGCGCUGCUGGUGGAGAAACGGGCCGAGAUUGCCAUCAUCUACAAUCCCAUCGUUGGCCAGAAGUUUACGGCGCGCCGGGGUGCCGGAGCGUUCCUGAACGGUCAACCGAUCCGUGUGUCCGGUGAGACGCGCCUAGCGUACGCACUGGCAACCACCGAGUUUGGGACGAGCCGUGAAGAAGAGAAGACGACCGUGGUGCUCGAGAACAUUGGCAAGCUUAUCCGGAAGGUGCACGGCAUGCGAAGCCUGGGAUCGGCUGCACUCAACAUGGCCAUGGUGGCACUCGGUGGUGCGGACUUCAACUACGAGUUCGGCAUUCAUGCCUGGGAUAUUGCGGCGGGCGAUCUGUUGGUACGCGAAGCGGGCGGUGUCUGUAUCGAUCCGGCCGGUGGACCACUGGAUCUGAUGUCACGCCGUGUGCUGUGUGCCAGCACGCAACAGUUGGCCGACCAGGUGGUAUCCGAACUAACCCAGUACUAUCCGCAACCGAGAGACUAAACUGAUCGGACGAUCUGCUGAGCUUCCCUGUACUUACCGUUACCUCCUGCUACCGAUGUGCAAUACCCGGUCCCCCUUUCUAUUCUUAUGCUAGAACAUGAUCCCUUUUAUGUGCAAUAAAUGGUUCGAAACAUACGAAUCGGUCGGUCUGAUUG